UAAACCAGAUCGAGCCCUCAACCUGUCUCAUUCGAUUGUACCCCAUCACAGCACCUAACCCCUGACCCCAAGUAGCUCAGAGUGGUUGAAGUGGGGACGGUUUUGGUAAAUAUUUCACAUCCUUCUUCACAGCAGUGCUGUAUAGACUCGGGCUAAACACUGUAAACAUGUUCCUGGGAGGGAGAGGGAGAGUAGGAAUCUAGGGCACUGUUAUCUGGCCUCUUUUCUUCGAGCAGAAGCAGAGAUCUGUGGAUGGAGAGAGCUGGAGAGAGAGAGAGGAGACGUUUCCUGCUUUAUUGAGGCUGCUGGAGAAGACUAAUUCUUAAUACUGCUUUCUAGGAGCUAGACAAUCUCACAGGGACCUUUACUAUAAUACACAACAACACACACACACUUCAUACACUCUCAGCACCAUGUUGGAGGAGAAGAAGACCAAGGUGAAGAUCAUGUUCUUCGUCAUCCUGGUGGGCAUCUCCUGCAUGCUGGCUGCCAUGGUAACGGACCACUGGACUGUACUGAGCCCGCCGUUCGACAAGUUCAACACCACCUGUGAGACGGCCCACUUUGGCCUCUGGAAGCUCUGCAUGAAGACCGUCUUCAUGGUGGAGGAGGACCCAGAGGGCCAGGGCUGUGGCCCCAUCAGUCUGCCCGGAGCCAAGAACUGCUCCUACUUCAAACACUUCACUAAGGAAGAAGAGGCCAAAGGGUUCGAAGCCAAAACUCAGAAAGAGUACAACCUCUCAGCUGCGGCCAUCGCUGUGUUCAGCCUGGCCUUCAUGACCCUGGGGUCGCUCUGUGUCGUGUGCUCCUUCGGGAAGGGGAGGGACUACCUACUGAGGCCUGCUGGGAUGUUCUUUGCCUUCGCAGGUCUCUGCAUCAUCAUCUCUGUUGAGGUGAUGCGGAACUCCACCAAGCGGAUGAUUGACAGCGAGGAGACCGUCUGGGAACAGUACUACUACUCCUGGUCAUUUGAAUGUGCCUGCACCUCCUUCGUCCUCCUGGUCUUCAGUGGCCUCAGCCUGUUGAUCAUCUCCAUGCCCCAGAUGCCACGCAACCCCUGGGAGACCUGUAUGGACGCGGAGCCAGACUCCAUGGAGCCCUUAGACUAGUAGUAGUAGAUCAGAUUAGACCUGACCAGAUCAACCCCUGGGAGACCUGUAUGGGCGCAGAGCCAGACUCCAUGGAGCCCUUAGACUAGUAGUUGUAGAUCAGAUUAGACCUGACCAGAUCAACCCCUGGGAGACCUGUAUGGACGCAGAGCCAGACUCCAUGGAGCCUUUAGACUAGUAGUAGUAGAUCAGAUUAGACCUGACCAGAUCAACCCCUGGGAGACCUGUAUGGACGCAGAGCCAGAAUCCAUGGAGCCUUUAGACUAGUAGUAGUAGAUCAGAUUAGACCUGCCCAGAUCAACCCCUGGGAGACCUGUAUGGACACAGAGCCAGACUCCAUGGAGCCUUUAGACUAGUAGUAGUAGAUCAGAUUAGACCUGACCAGAUCAACCCCUGGGAGACCUGUAUGGACGCAGAGCCAGAAUCCAUGGAGCCUUUAGACUAGUAGUAGUAGAUCAGAUUAGACCUGCCCAGAUCAACCCCUGGGAGACCUGUAUGGACACAGAGCCAGACUCCAUGGAGCCUUUAGACUAGUAGUAUAGAUCAGAUUAGACCUGACCAGAUCAACCCCUGGGAGACCUGUAUGGACGCAGAGCCAGACUCCAUGGAGCCCUUAGACUAGUAGUAGUAGAUCAGAUUAGACCUGCCCAGAUCAACCCCUGGGAGACCUGUAUGGACACAGAGCCAGACUCCAUGGAGCCCUUAGACUAGUAGUAGACUCCAUUAGAACAGACCAGAUCAGAAAAGAUUGAAACAGAACUGACCAGACCAGACUAGUCUAGACCAGGGGAAUCUUCAACAAAGGCUGCCAAAAACAUACAUGUUUUUAUAGAAUCCAACUGAAGAUAAACUAAAUUGAGGCUGGUGGUGGGGGCAACAGAGUUAAGGAUACAGAAGAAUGAGAGUGGGGCACCCCGCCUAAGUAAUGGUAGAAGGGGAAACACUGCACUACACUGCUUGGUUUUAAGUGUACAGAUAAAGAUGUAAGGCAGGAUCUUUGAGCAGUCCCCGAGGGCCACAGAUUUACCUUUCUUUGGUCCUUAACUGAUACAUUUCUGCCAUUGAUUGCAGAGAGUGUCCGCUCUCCUGGUCCAUAUCAUCCGUUACUAAGCAACAGACACUGUGGCACUUGAGGACUGCCCUGAUAUAGGGUGCGUUAGUAAAUUCACCAUGGCAACUUACUUCGAUUUCAGACCCCUCUAGUUGGAGAGUGCCAGAGCGCAGAAUAAUUAAUGAAUUUACGAACUGCCUAAACUCGGUUGUUAUGACAGAUGUAAGUAAACAUCAGCUAAGAAACAGAAUUACAUUGUUGCCAGUAACGCAGUUAGAGUCACUAACCCUCUUGAUAACAUGAAAACACUCUAGCACUUCUACCAGCUCUGCAAGGGUGAGUAACAUGUUCAGAGAGGUGCUCUCUCAUUUGUGUCUGGAAGUAGCUAGCAAGCAAGUUAAACAAGUUUAGCCAGUUGGCUUGGGUGCUUGACUGCCGAGUAUAGUCCGAAUGCUCAGAUCAACCCUACACCUCAGCCAGAGUGUCCAGCGUGAGCUCUGAACGCUCCGAGAGCCAAACGCUCUGAAUUUUCGAACACUCAAACCGAGUGCACUCUGACACUCUAAAGUGAAUUUACAAACGCACCUAUAAUGUACAGUAUUAAAAUGUAGCUGUUGCUAUAAAGUGACCACAGAGACAGAAAGAGCUAAAGAACAUGGCAACAUAGUGAGCUGCUACUCUGUGUAAUUAAUAUAGUUUGAGCUGUCUUGUACACUUCUAAUAUACAUUUCUGCUCUAGCGUUCUACAUUUUUGUAAUGAAAUAAGUUAAUGCUUUAAUGAACGUUGCAUUGUAAAUUUUCACCCCUCCAGGCAGCUACAAACAAUGUUUAUUUAUUUAACAUGUAUCAAUGGAUUAAACCAUAUUGAAGCUCCAGUGCAAUGCCUAUACACGGAUCUACUGUAUUAGUUAGGGAGCUAUACUGCUGUUUGUGUUUACAGAGGACACGCAGAAUGUACAGCGUGUAUACAGUACUUGUAUGUUUUAAACAUGGGCCUAUGAAGAUGAUAGAUAUUAUGUUGUUUUUUGUUCAAUAGUAGCUUCAUCAAACAAUCCAUUGCAAUCUAGCUUGAACACAAAACAUUCAAGCCCACCACAGUGAUUAUUGACGGAUACAUUUGUCUCCACUGAAUGGCAAUAUCUCGCAUUGUGUACCUCUCCUCAUAUUGUAUUCUCUCUCUCUCUCUCUCUCUCUCUCUCUCUCUCUCUCUCUCUCUCUCUCUCUCUCUCCCUCUCUCUCUCUCUCUCUCUCUCUCUCUCUCUCUCUCUCUCUCUCUCUCUCUCUCUCUCUCUCUCUCUCUCUCUCAUUAUAUCUCUUUCCCCCCUCUCUGCCCAUCUGUUUCACUUAAAGCUCCAAAUCAAAAGAUGAAGUGUGAGAAUGUUUCAAGGCUUUUCUUUCUGUUGACACAGGACAGUUGUUGCAUAAUGAAUUAUCUUCAAAGUAUUAUAGCCAGCUGGACAAGCUAAAUUGUAGUGAUUUUCAGUCAACAAGCGAUGGGCAUGUUCUGUUUUUGGGCAACACUUUUGUGUAGGUACUGAUUUCAAUAGCUACAAAGCUGUAAUGUUCUGUGCUGACAUUCAAGUACAUCUAAACACGAACAUCCCUUGUUCUCACCCAUCUAAGUACCUAACCCAUUGUUUUGUACCAGGUUCUCUGACAGGUACAGUAUAAUAUAUCUUUUCUGCAAGGCCUAACCAUUGCUGUUUCGCUGUAAGCAUAUAGUCAUAGAGUUAUUAAAGAGGCAAUCUGGAGUUCAAACAACAACAAAAGACCACCCUGCCACUGAUUUGGUAAACAGCUGAGGGAUGGGACUCGAGAUACAAUAUGUAACUACUCUCAAUGUAUAGGCAGAGCUAUGGAUGCUAGGACUGGCCAUCCUUUAGAUCAAUGAUAGUUUUAAUCAUGUUUUGAGGAUAUACAGUGUUUGAAAAAAAUGCUUAUAUUUUGGGUUCUGAUGUGGUAUGACAGUUGAACCAAGCUAAUGAGGCAUUUCAAUGGGAAUUAAAACAAAUAAUAACGGA